CAUGCCUCAUCCUCAUGCUAAUCCUUUUUUUAUUUCAGCUUCGGAUGAACUGGUUUUUGUUAAAAUUUCUGGACUUUCUUUGGAACUUACUCCUGGUAUACCUGGUGUUCCUACAAAAAUUACACCAAAGAUGGAACAGGGCACCGAAGUCACCAUGUUUUAUAGCUUUGGGGACAAUUACUUGAAAGAAGAGACUGUAGCAGAUCCAUCAGCCUUAUCAGAAUUCACUCAUACUUUUGCAAACGGAAGUGGAACGUAUACAGUUUCAGUACGGGCCAGCAACAAAUACUCUUUUGAAGUUGCAAGCUGUACAGUGGAUAUUGAUUUUCCAGUUGGUGAUGUUGAAUUCGCAGCAACGAAUGUUGAAUUCGGAGAAACAACAACUUUUUCACAAAACGUUACCAAUGGAACAAGAGUAAGAUUCUUCUGGAUAUAUGGCGACGGUAUGGGUGAAGAGAAAGUCUAUGAUGAAUAUAGUGAUGUUACAACCACGAUGUAUACGUAUCCGAAGGCUGGAGUCUACAAUGUUACUUUGCGAGUUGGAAAUGUUCAUGGUUACAAGCAACUAUGCACAAUUGCUGCUGUAAAUUAUAAAGUUUCUGGUCUAGAUUUCAACGUAUCCCAUACAAAAUUGGGAGAUUUGACGGUGUUUAAUCAAACAUUAGUCAACGGCAGUCAUAUGCAUUGUUUAAGGAUUGUUGGAGACGGUACUGUUCAAGUAGCUUAUGACGAUUUUCCAGAAACAUCAUCAUCUUGGAAUCAUACUUAUACUGAAGUCGGCAGCUAUACUGUAACCUUACGCUGCUACAACUAUAUUAGCCAGCAAUCAGUUUCCAAAUUGAUCUUUAUAGAAAAUCCAGUCGAAAAUAUUGAAAUGCAAGCUAAUAAUGUUUCAAGACCGGAAGAAGACGUAUUCUUCAAAUUUACGCAAACGUCAGGAAAUCAACCGACAAAUUUGGUAAUAACGCUUCUGUAUGGAAACACGUUUUUGGAAAUAACGAUGAAUUCAACGCUAAAUACAACAACACCUUAUACACAUACAUAUAGAUAUUGCGAUUAUGGCUAUUAUAUGAUGACAGCAAAAUUAUAUAAUCACAUCUCCAGAACGAUGUUCACACAAGUCAUUAAAGUUGGAGUUUCAAUGAAUACCUUAACAAUUAAAGCUUUAAAUGAAUUUCUAGAAAAUAACACUCUGGCAAGAUUAUCAAUAAGUGUUGAUCAAGGUUCCACUGUAAAUUAUACUGUUGACUGGGGCGAUGGAAUAGAAGAAGUCUAUUCAAGAAAUAAUACAAAUUGGACUCUCUCAGAUACCAUUAUAGUAACUCACAUGUAUUCAACAGUGGGAUACUACCCAAUAAAAGUUAACGCUUCAAAUACUUUUGGUCACUUGUACCAGGAAACAAAAUUCAAUGUUCAAUAUCCACUAAAAAACUUGAACAUAAGCGAUUUCAGUCCAGAGGUUCACCAACAAUCUUCAGGAACUAUACGAUUCAUUAUUGCUGAAGACACUCUACCACUACCAUCCAAUGUAACUUGUAAAUUUUCUUACGCGGAAGAGGUAUUUCAGAGUGCCGUUUCACUUGAUUUGAGCAGUGGACCAAAAACCUUUACCUACACAUAUGGAGCAAUUAGUCCUGGCAAUCAUAUUUUAAAUAUUGUUUGCGAAAAUUUAGUGAGCAAUUUCACCCAUUCGAGAUAUAUUUGGGUUCAGGAGACAAUCACGUCCUUGAGUUUGACUACAGCUUCGGACAUUCUGGAAAUUGGUAAAGAUAGUCUUGAUUUAAGAGUAGAAAUGGCUACUGGCAGUCAUGUAAACUAUACAGUUACUUUUGGUGAUACAGAGGAGAAUAAUACACAUAUAGUAUCUCCAGCAAAACCUGAACAUUUCUUUCAUGACUACACUAUAGAUGGAAAUUUAACUGUAAAUGUUACGGUUCAAAAUAUGAUUUCUUCUGCAUGGAAGACUAUGAUUAUACACAGCCAAUUUAAAAUCAAACCUUUUACUGUUUUUGUCAACACUCCUAUCUCCUAUCCAGGUGAACAACUAAACGUAACAGUUGUUGCCGAUCAGCCCCUCCCUACAGAUCCAACUUGCAAUUUCAAAGUUAAAAGUGGUGAAACAAUACCGUUAUUUAGUCCAGGGAUUUCAUCUGCUUCAACAACUGGAGGAGUCAUGUCAUUUUACUAUACUUACGAUCAAGCAGAUUGUGGAGUUCCACACGAAAUUAAAGUAACAUGUUCAAAUAAAGUUACACAGGGUGUGUUCAAGACUAAAAAUAUCAAUCUCGAAGAAAAAAUUGCUGGUUUAACAUUUACGGCGGACAAAUACCUAGCAGCUUAUGGUGAAGAUGUUACGUUUUCGAUCGCUGUAACUGCUGGAACAAAUGUCAAAAAUAUAAUAACUUAUUAUGGAAGUGAAAAGAGUUCAGUAUUACUUCAUAGUAGUGGUAUCUUCUCAAAAGGCGCAGCUAGUACAAAUGUAAAAGGAUUUUUACAAAUUGGAAAUUUUACUCCGAGUGUUAAUUCCACUAAUCUGGUAACCGAAGUUAUUACAGAUUUGGAUAAAAGCAUCGUAAUUCAGCAUAAAUUGAAAUCUAUUACUCUUAAAACGGAAUCUGUUGUUGAAGUUAACCCCACUGGAACGAUGACUCUAACAAUCCAAUAUCCUGAUCUUGAAACAUUCGAACCAACAAAUCCAUUUUGCUCCAUAACAGUUGGUAGUGGUACAGAAAAAACCCACUGGGCACCUACCCUACAGAAAGCAACUGAUUUUGUUACAACAGAAAAUGUCGACGACAGCUCCGUGGGAGAACAAAUUAUUGAAGCUUCAUGCUUUAAUUUGGUCAGUAGAGCAAACGCCAGUGCAACAGUGGUUAUUCAGAGAAGACUACAGGGUAUUAAAGUUGAAAAUAUGGCACAAUUUGCAGGAGUAAACAAAGUGGUUCAGUUUAAAGUAACAUUUCAAAAAUGUUCCCAUGCAAUUCUUCAUGUUGACUUCAAUGACACCAAAUCUGAGACAUUUGUUCAUGAUAAUCCACUUGAUUGUUCAGCUCCCUAUCUAAUCAAUCAUACGUAUACUGAUCAAGGAGACUAUACAAUUGUUGUUACAGCUUCCAACAAUCUUACUCAUGUUGAAGUUGGAAAACCAACAACUCAUGUCACUGUUCAGUUUGCAAUAGAAAAGUUUAUAGUAACAAAUAACUGCCCUAUAGGAUUUCCAACUGGGGAUGCUCAAUUUGUAGUUCAACUAAAUAAAUCUUUUCCGAUGCCUAGUGGAGUAUUCUUGGAAUGGGAUUUUGAUGAUUCAAAUACGGAAGCUAAGUCUUAUUCUAAAAAUUUAAGUACUGGAGGAAUAGUUCAAAAACAUCAUAAAUUUAAUUCACCUUUGGGUGUUGCAAAUGUUACAAUAAAGGCUACUAAUUUGGUUUCUGAAGAAACUGUCGUUUCACCUUGUUCUGUCAUGAGAGCUAUAGGAAAUUUACAAUUCUCUACAAGCAAAAAGUAUGUCAAAACUAAAGAGGAAGUUGUAUUUGAUGUAUCUGUCAAUGAUGGAACAGAUGCUUCUUAUAUUAUUAAAUUUGGUGAUGGUAACGAGGCCAACAAAAAGAUUUUGGGAACAUCUUCUGGCGAAGUUGUAAAUUUUAGUCACAAAUAUGAUACGGCAGACAACUACACUAUCAAUGUUGAAGUCAAGAACGAUGUCAGUAAAGUAAGCUCUGAAGAUGCUGGAUGGACAAAAGAUCCUGUUGUCGUUGUAGUACAAAGAGAAGUUAUAAAAGAAGCGAUAAAACUAACGUUUACAAAGAAUGUAGCUUAUCCAAAAGAUAGAAACGUUGUCUUUAAAAUCGAGAAAUUGAGCGGAAAUUUAGAUCCGAGUAAUGCUUUCAUUUUAUUGAAUUUCGGAGAUGGGAGUGUUACAGAAGUGUACGUUGAUAAAUGGGAUAACCCGAUACCAAUAUCUCAUCAAUAUGGUCCUGGUUCUAUUGGCGAAGUUAACUUCGUUUUAAAAGUUGAAAAUAAAGUAUCAAAUAUUACGAUAAAAGAUUCAUUUCUUCUGCAAAGAGAAAUUGAAAAUCCAGUAUUGAAAACCCCUGCUUCUGUUGGAGUAGAUAUAGAAUUUACUGUUACAGCAACAGUCACCGAAGGAUCCCACUUAAUAGCUCAAUUUGUAUUAAAAGAUAGUAACCAAGUAGAAGUUGAAAGAAAAACGGUAUCCUAUACAAAUGUUAAUGAUAAAGAAAUAUCUGCAAAAUUUACUGUAAAAAAAUCUGAAGUUUACUUAAUGAGCUUGCUUGUAUCUAACGAUAUUUCUAGCAAGGCAAUUGCUACACCAAAUCAAAUUUUUAUUGAAAAUCCAGUAAAUCAUCUGAAAUUGAAAGAAGUAAAAGUUAUUGAGACUCAGAAAACUUUUGUUCCGAUUCUUAUUGCUACUCGUGAACCUUAUCCCACUUCUGCGCAAAUUGUUCUGAAUUGGGGAGAUGGCUCUCCUCUUCUAAAACAAAGUACACCAUUAGAAACAGGUGAAUUUAUCCUGCCUGGUCAUAAAUACCUUAAACCUGGGCUAUACAAAAUAUAUGCUAACAUCAGCAACAAUAUUGAUUAUGAUGCUAUAUCUCUUAGCUUUGAAGCGCAAGAGGUUAUAAGUGACGUCUCCUUCAAAAUAGCUACACCUGCAUUUGAGGACGUUUCAGGUACAACUACAGUUAAACCACUAGCUGUUGGUACAUCAGCAAUUUUUACCGCCUCUUACGCAACUGGCUCAAAUAUUACCUUCAAAUGGAUUUUCGGAGGAGGAUAUGCUAUUACAACAACGAACACUGAAGUAUCACAUAAAUUUAGUGUACCUAGCGAGUAUACCCUUGUUCUAGAAGCUUCAAAUGAUGUUGGAACUGUUAAAGCUCAAUAUCCAAUAAAGGUAGUCAGUGAUGUUGGAGUUGAAAGUGUGACAUUCAACGGAACUGUGACAAUUGAUGUACCAGAAACUAUCACAAUAAAUCUUGAUAAAGAACCUGAUGCUAGUAUAAAACAAUGCUUUGCUUUCCGUUUCAACACUACUUCAUUGCUACCUGAUAAUGAUAUAUAUUUCUGGAGAGGAAAUUCAAAAUCUACUUGUAAAAAAGAUCCAAAAUUUAAAGAAAGCCAAUUUAGUGAAAUAAUACUGGCUCAAACAAUUACUGAACAAUUCACUUACAAAAUCAAGGGUACUUGGCAAAUUACUCUCACAGCAUUAACUGAAACAUCUUCUGGUGAAAAGUUUGAAUUUUUGGUUGCAGUACAAAGCACACCUUGUAACAAUCCUAAUGUUACCAUCAACCCAAAUGUUGGUGGCUCAAGCGUAAAGAAAAUGAGAAAUUUCUACAAAUCAGAUCCUAUCAGAGUUGUAAGCGAUUUCUUUGAUUUUAACGUUGAUUGCAAAGCAACCGAUGCUAUUCGUAUAACUUGGGAAUUUUUUAAAUUGAACAAAACAAAUGUCAACGUCGGGGUAAAAGAGGAUGUUUCGAAAUAUCCAGGUGCUAUUCAAAAUGCUGGAGGUAUAGAGUUCAGGAAAUCAACACUAGCCUAUGGAUCAUAUAAAAUAGUUUACACUGUAAUGAUGUACAAGGAGGACGAUCCAGAAGUAUCUUUGUUUAGAAACAGCUCAGCUUUCUUUUUUGAGGUGAAGAGAACAGACCUUGUUGCCGAGAUAAUUGGCAAAACUUCUAUAUUGGUCAGUUACAACGAAAGUUUGGGCAUUGAUGGUAUUACAAACACCUUUGACCCUGAUACGAAGCACCCCAGUGAUAAAUCAGGAAUGAAAUUUGAAUGGUGGUUCAGUUUGCUUUCAGAACCGUUGAGUUGGAAUAUGACAAAUAUCAUUCAAAUCCCUAGCAUUUCUGCAACGCCAACAGGUUGCCCUGAUUAUACUAAACCGGGUGUAACUGGUCCGUUCGGAACAGGUUUUGGAAAGCUAAGUGCUGAUGUUGGAAAAUUUAAAAUGCAUACCGGGUUUCUAUGUCCCCUUAAUUCAUAUAAGCUUUGGUUGCGUGUAACAAAAGGAGUGAGAACGCAAAUUUACAAGCAAGUUAUCAAAACUUCUGCUGGUAAAUCUCCACCAGUGAUAAUUGAGUGUGAUGGUAAUAACUGCAUGAGAGGCGAUAAAUUAAAUCCACAGGAACUACUUAAAUUCAAAGCAACGUGUAGUUGUACAGGUGCUGUAUCUUCUAAAGUUAGAUACUCCUGGGAUAUGAACAAAGAAACGGCUCAAGGCCCUGAAAUAAUAGAUAUGUCGAAAGUAAAACAUGUAGUUACCAAUGAAGAAGAAAAAUUUAGAUCAUUUAUAUCUGUGAAUGGUGAAAACUUCCAGAGAAAUAAAAGAUAUUCCAUAGCCAUAAAUGUUUCAAGUGAUGCUUUAGCUGAUGGUGCGGAUGAAAUGAGCUUUUUCGUUAAUCACCCACCUUUCGGGGGAUCUUUCACAGUUAAUAAGUUUAUUGGAGAAGAUUUAGAUGAUUUUGAAGUAAACGCACCAAAUUGGCAAGAUGAUGGUGCUCUUCAAGAUGCAAAAAAACUGACCGCAGUGCCAAACAGUCCUCUGCUGUAUACUUAUUUCAUUGUCAAAGGAGGUGUUAAUCAAGAGCUUUUAAGUAAUGAAUUGCCAAAGCAAGUAAUAACACUUCCAGAGGGAGAAAAGGACAAGGGUUAUAAUUUAACUUUGGGAUUAUCUGUGUCUGAUUCGUACAGAAGUGCAUCGGUUAAAUACCUGACUGUGAAAGUUUAUCCUAUUGGUGAAAAGCCUAUCUUAACAACUAUGGCUCCAACAACUGAAGCUCCUACUACGGUGACAGAGGCUCCUUUUACAGGAACUGGUUCAACUAAAAAACCUACAACAAGAAAAACUACUAAAUCCACGACCACAACUACGACAACUCCGAGACCAAAGAGUGCUGCUGAAUUAGAGGCCUUGCAAAAAAUAGAAGAAGCAAAAAAACAAAAGAAAAAACUCGAACAAGCAAAGAAAGUCACAAAUAUUUCACCUUCUCAGGCUGCUACCAACCUAAACAGUUUUAGUAGCAAGAUCUUGGCAGUCAUAAGUAGUGUUGGGCCUACUGUACAGCCUGUAAGUCCAGCAUCGCCAGGAUCCCCAGGAACAGGCUCACCUGGUGGCCCAAGUCAACCGGGGACAACAACUGCCAAACCACCAACAAAGGUACCUCUAAAUGAACAUGAAAAGAAAGCAGCAGAGGAACAGAAAAAAGCUGAGGAAGAAAAUGCCAAACAGAAGAGAGAACUCCUGGGAGGUAUGGUUAACACAUUAUCUCAGGUAAUAUCUGCCGCUGGAUCAACUACUCCGCCUGCUGGUUCGGAUAAUACUGGAGGCGAUAAUAACGGUGGCGAUGGCGAUGGCGAAAAUUGUCAGGAUAGUACCAACACUGGUUGUAAGAAGAUCACGCUUUCGCCCAGUCAAACAAAAGCCUUCGCUAAAAUGGCCAAAGCUAUCUUCCAUAGUCUUGAUCCUGAAGCAGAUACCUCAACAAAGACUAAUGCCUUAUUGACUUGUUCGAGUAUUGCUGAUAAUAUAGAUUCUAUUGAUGAUCCUGUUGAACAGAAAACUGCUGCAACAGAUACUGUUGAUGCGAUAGCUAGCACUAUGGGGGUUGUUGAGAAAGAAAAACCAAAAAGUGAUGAAGAACUCGCGCCAUCUCCCAAAGUAGAUGAGCCCAAUGAUGAAGCAAGUCAUGACGCAUUACUUAAAGCUAAAAAGAUAGAAGAAGAGAAAAAAUUGAAAGAACAAGAACAAACCAGCAAACAAACAGUAUCGACCUGUCUUACUCUCGGCAACAAAAUGACUAAGAACAAGGCCAAAGGUACUUCUGAGCAAAUCUCCAAAGGAAAUAUCAGCUUGGCGAUGGAAAAAAAUUCACCAAAUGAAUUAGGCGGUAAAAAAUUAACAGGUGGAAGAGGUGCAGUCAAACUACCAAGUGCAGAUACCCUAAACAGAGUCACAAAUAUUAAUCCCAACUCUACCGAUGACAAAGACGCCAUCGCUAUAACUGUAAUGAACUCAGCAGACAAUUUUUAUAGUUACGACGAGAGUGCAAAAGAUGUUGAAUCUGACGCCGGAGUAACAAUUUUAAGUCUUCAAAAAUCCGAUGGCUCGUUCCAAGAAAUGAAUCUAGAUGAAGAAAAUGCACUCGAAAUCGAGGUUCCCGGUCCAGGUGGUAAUCAAACUGUUGAAAAGACAUCAAAUCUAACGUCAGACAGUGAAACUGGUUAUCGUUAUCUGUAUAUUCCUAUGGAAAGAAAUAAUUCCGCAAUAUUAAGCUCAAUCAGACCAGACAAUUCUGACAAAAUCACUUACAUGGAAGUUCUUGUGAAGCUGAAUGCUUCAAACACUAUUGAAUAUACACCAAAUAGUUCCUUUCAUGACCUUAACUUAACAGUGAAUAGAGAUAAUGACUGGAAAUUAUUCAUCCCUGCAAAACUUACUUUCCAACCUGGAGUAUUUAUUGGAGUAAAAGCAAUGCAACUUCCCACUGCACCUGAUUCCUCAAAUACUAAUAACAACGGAUCAGCUAAGAGUCGUAGAAAGAGAUCGAUCUACUUACCACCAGUUCAAUUAAAUGAUUCUGAAUCUCAAUUUGUGAUUGAAUCAUCAGAAGCAAGAUGUAGAGCUUGGAAUGAAGAAACCAAAAAAUGGACAACUGAAGGUUGCGAAGUUGAUAAAUCAUCGACCACAACCACUCUUAAGUGUAAAUGUAAGAAAGUUACAACGUUUUUGAAAGCCUUUUCAGGAGGUGUAACAUUGCCCAAAGUAAAUAAGAUAAACUUUAAGAGAAUAUUUAAUAACUUUGCUGCUCUUUUGGCUGCUAAUCCAACUGUAUUGUCAGUUUUACUUUCAAUCUUAUUUGUGUAUACUCUACUUGGUAUUUGGACUAGAAGAAGAGAUAAGAGAGAUUUAGAGAAAUGGGGUACUAUGCCUCUCAGAGAUAAUAGGCCACUUCAUAAUUACUAUUAUCAAGUUUCUGUUUACACUGGUGUAAGAGCUGGAGCAGGAACAAAAUCAAAUGUAUGUUUCAUUCUAUCUGGUGAUAUUGGUGAUACAGGAAUCAGAAGUAUGAGCGAUAAACAGGAAAGACCUCUAGCCAGAGAUUCAGUUCGUCAUUAUAUUAUGUCAGCUGAUCAUUCUCUAGGAGCUUUGACUUUUCUUCGUAUAUGGCAUGACAAUAGUGGCGAGGGAGAUAAUGCAUCCUGGUUCCUUGAUAAAGUAGUUGUUGAAGAUAUUCAGACAAAAACUCGCUACUUCUUCCUUUGUGGUAAAUGGUUGGCCACCGAGGAAGAUGAUGGACAGGUUCAGCGAAUCCUUCCAGUUGCUGACCAAGAAGAAAUUAAGGGAUUCAAGCAUCUGUUCUUUACAACAGCAAGAAAAAAUAUAUCCGAUGAGCAUCUUUGGCUUUCUGUUGUAUCCAGACCAACAAAAUCAAACUUCACUCGUUUACAACGAUUAACUUGUUGUCUAACUCUAUUGCUUACAACUAUGAUUGCAAACGCAAUGUGGUACAGAACUGACGAACAAGUUAAGAGUGAUCAAGCCAUUAUCUUAGGUCCAAUUAUUCUCUCUGUAUCAACACUUUAUGUAUCAGUUAUAGGCAAUUUGACAGUUGUGCCUAUAAAUAUUAUCAUCGUUCAAAUAUUCCGCAAAUCCAAAUCGAAAGAUCAAGUAGAAUUUAACGUAAAACAACAGCAAGAAGAAAAGAAAAAGAAAGCUUUAAAACAAGCUGAUAAAAGAGUUCGAGCAAUCCUCUUCAAUCGAUCUAAGAGUAACAAGGAGUCAAAGAUGGUCGAAGAUCUACAAGAUGUCAAAGUAGAAGAUUCUGAGGAAGAAGAUAAAAAGGAUGAAGUGAAAGAGACAAAGAAGAUUCCUUUCUGGAGACAGAGAUAUCCCCUGCCAUAUCAAUGUGUUUAUAUUGGUUGGGUACUCUCUUUCCUUUCUUGCUCUCUCUCUGCUUUCUUUGUUCUCUUCUAUUCAUUAGAAUGGGGUAAAUCUAAGUCAGAAAAAUGGCUGUCAUCCCUAUUCUUGUCCUUUUUCCAAAGCGUUAUGCUUAUUCAACCAGUGAAGGUAAUUGUCAUCGCUAUGUUCAUGUCUUGCAUAUUCAAGAAGGUUGAUGAUGAGGACGAAAUGGAAACUAAGGCUCACAAAGCCAAAGCUGAUGAUGAUGAAGAAUUGCUGGAAGAUGACCCAAUCCUUGCAACUCAACAAGCCAUGUCAGUGUCAGCUCCGGAACCUCCUAGUAAGAAAAAACUAGCUAAAAUGAGAUUUGAGAGAUUGAAGGAAAAGAAAACAAUGUCUAUGUUGCAGGAAGCAUGUAGUUAUUUUGUUUUUUUGCUUCUCGUUUCAUUUAUAGCUUGGGGAACUAAAUCAUAUGGUGUUUACCUUACUCAUAGCUCAAUUCAUAAGCUUUUUGAUAUAAAGAGUCCGAAAGUUGAAGAAUUCGGAUUUUCCAAAGUACAAGAUGGUUUUAAAUUUUGGCAAUGGGCUAACGAAACUCUUUUACCUGGAAUGUUCUAUGAAAGAAAUUACAAUCUGAAGAUCGCUUCUAGACGAAACAUGAUGUACAUGGACGAUCAGGCAUCCUUCCGAGUCGGGGUAGCCAGAUUAAGACAAGUCCGAGUAAAACCAGCGUCGUGUGAUAUUCAAAGUAAAAUAGUAAAAGAUCUUGUUUUUGAAUGUAACGAACCAUACAACGUUUGGACUGAAGAAAAUAGGCACUUUCAAUCAAAUUGGCGUCUAAUUCGUCAUUCGAAUCAAACGAUAGCUUACGCUGACAAAUAUGAGCAGAGAUUACAGGAUUCAUUUAAAUACAAUAGCAUCUACGAUCUCAAAGGUUUACCAUUCUGGGGAACUCAAGCAACAUACGGCGGUGGAGGAUAUGUUGCCGAUCUUGGAACAUCAAGAUAUCAAGCUCUAAAAACUUUGAUCAAUUUGAAAGAAAAUAUGUGGGUUGAUCAGUAUACAAGAGCAGUUUUUGCUGAAUGGACAAUUUACAACCCUCAAGUUAAUCUCUUUGCCUAUGUGAACUAUCUGAGCGAAUUUCCAGCAUCAGGUGGUGUUAUUGUUAACCCAAGAGUUACAGCUUUCCAAAUUUAUGCCGGCGUAGGUGGAAUGGGAACAGUUGUCCUGGUUUGUCAGAUAAUUUACGUUAUUGUUAUAAUCUACUUUAUAGUACGAGAGGCACUGGAAAUGAAAAAGUUAGGCAAACCAUACUGGAAAGAUCCAUGGAAUUACAUCGAACUUCUUUUGAUUCUAUUGUCAAUUGGAGCUACAGCUAUGUACAUAACAAGACAGAUAUGGGGUAAAAUGAUUAUGAAUGAUCUGAAAGAUAAUAAGGAUAGUUAUAUAAAUUAUAUGCAAUUGGCAACCUACGAUGAAAUAUUACAAUACGUAACAGCCUUUAUCGCGUUUGUAGCUAACAUCAAAUUCCUUAGACUUUUGAGAUUCAACAAAAAUAUUGCAUUCUUGGGUGCCACACUUAAACACGCAGCUAAGGAAUUAAUAGGCUUUGGAUUUUCAUUCUUUGUCUUAUUUGUGGCCUUUGCUACAUUCGCUUAUAAGUUAUUUGGAGUCAAAUUGCACCAAUUCCACACUUUUAUUUCAACGUUGGAAGCACUCUAUUCUAUGUUGUUGGGAAAAUUCGACUUCAAGGGACUGGAACAGGCCGAUCACGUUCUUGGUCCAACUUUCUUUGUUUUAUUCGUGGUUCUCAUGUAUCUCGUCUUAGUCAACAUGUUCUUGGGUAUUCUGGGAGCUGCUUUCUACGAGGUUCGUUUGAAUCCGGAUAGUGUCAAAGAUGAAUACAAAGUUUUCUCUACACUAUUCUCUAAGAUUAAAAAGUUCAUGGGAAUGAAUAAACCCCAACAAGAAAUUGGUAGCGGCUACGUUGAUCACCUGCAAACUUUAGACAUGAGAGUUCAAUCUUUAGAUUUCUGGAUAACAGACAAGUAUAAGACAGCUCGUAAACAAGAAAUUAGUUUUAUGAAGAAGCAAGAUCAAUUGAGAUCAGAAUCUGCUAUGUCUGGAAUGUUAGAAUCAACAUCCAGAUCUGGAACCCCUCGACCUGUUAGUGGAAGAAGUGUAAAGGUGGAACCGAGCAAUGAAGAAAAUUACAAUUUAGGUUAUGUUUCUAAGAAGACACAGGCUGAACACUACUGA